AUGUCGAGAAAGAAGGGAAACGCGCCCGGGGAACCCCAGGAUGCCGGUGCCAGUCAGCCUGCCAAAUUAAAAAAAGAUCUACGCAAGGACAUGCGAGUGAUGUUUCAGGAAUUGCAGCGCGUUGACAAGAGCGCCAUUCUGGGCAAGUACCUUGCGCUGUAUCCUGACCGAGCGGACUACAUUUACACUGUGGUAGACAAUUACACUAUCUCGCUGGAGACGCGGAAAGGCCCUGCAAACCCGCCCCCCGCCAGCGCCGGGUUGCCCCCGAAGGAUGCGCCGACGGCCCCUAAAAGCCAGCGGGCUGCCGCGCCCUCGUCUGUGUCCACCAAGGCGUCGGUGUCGCCGCCCAAACCCAAACCCAAACCCAAACCUGCUUCCACGGCGACAUUUGAGCCCGUCAUUAAAUCAGAGGCGAAGAAACAAAACAAUGCGGUGCUUCAAGAUUUCCAAAAAGAGUAUCUGGAUGUUCACCAGAGUAGCUCGCCUCAACCGGCCACCUUCUCCCCCGGCUUUUCCUUCCUGCCGACUCUCGAGAGCCAGAUGCAAUUCCUGACCCUCGGCGGCCCGGAUGAUCAUUCAGCGAGCAGCUCGUCCCAGGAUUCCCAGGAGGCGGUGCUCGUCUCGGCGUCCGUGGAGCGUGCCGGACAGAACUUGCCCUCCCAGUUUGCUCUGUUGGGUCAGCUUCGCACGCGACAACCCGUGUCAGACCCUCGCGUGAUGCUAAACACUAAUGUCCCUUUCUCCGCAUUCAUCUGUGGACUCCAGGGAAGCGGGAAAUCGCAUACCACGUCCUGCAUGAUCGAAAACUGCUCCCUCUCUUUCCCUGCUCUGGGAAAUCUGAAGAAACCGCUGUCCACUCUGGUUUUGCAGUACAACGAGUACAGCUCCAAUCUGAGUUCGCAGCCUAGUGAAACGGCGUUCCUGUCCUCCAUCAUCCCGCAGUACAUGUCGUUCCAGAAGCCUAUCCCAGUCAGAGUCCUCGUUUCGCCGUCAAACUUCCACAAUCUGCAGCGCAUGUACUCCCAGAUUCCCAAUGUGGAGGUUCGGCCCUUCCGCUUGAAGCCACACCACCUGAGCACCAGCAUGAUGCUGUCCUUGAUGUCUAUGGGGAAGAACGACUCGAUGCCGCUGUACAUGGGCCAGCUGACAAAGAUCCUGCGUGAAAUGGCCAUGGAGGACAAGAGAAAUUUCGAUUACCUCGAUUUUCGCGCACGUUUGUCUGCCCUGCGUCUGGACCGCACCCAAACACCUUUCUUAGAGCAGAGGCUGGGAUUGCUGGACUCGUACCUCGACCUUGAAGGAAAGUCGACCGAGGACUAUUUCGUGGAAGGGGGGGUCACGAUCCUGGAUUUGUCCUGCCCGUUCAUGGAUCAAAGCACCACAUGCAUCUUGUUCCGCAUCGCCAUCGACCUCUUCCUCCACGCGCACCAUUCCCGCGGCAAAAUGGUUGUUGCAGAUGAAGCACACAAGUACAUGACGGAAACCCGCGCGGCCAAAGAACUCACCGAAACCUUUCUCAACAUCAUCCGUCAGCAGCGCCAUCUGGGAGUGCGCAUCAUAAUCUCCACCCAAGAACCCACCAUCUCCCCUCGUCUUAUCGACCUAUGCUCCAUCACCAUCAUCCAUCGGUUCUCCAGCCCGGAAUGGUUCAAGACCAUCAAGAACCACGUGAAUUUUGACGAUACGGAUGGCACCGCCACCGACGAACGCGACGGUCUGUACCAGAUCUCGAGCCUGCGCACCGGCGAGGCACUGGUCUUCGCGCCGUCUGCGUACCUGCUGUACGAUAACCUGUCGCCGAUCAAUACCCGUCAUACCACGUUCAAGAUGAUGGUUCGGAAGCGGGUCACCUGGGAUGGGGGCCGGACGAUUGUUUGCAUUCGCUAG